AUGUUUCGAACACCGGAAAAAUGCAAUUCUGAUUCCAACCUGCCUAGGGUCCCCGAUGACAAAGAAACAUCGCCUCCCAGUUUUGUCAGCUCACGAAUUAAGAGAAAGCGCUCCGAAGAAAUUCUGACCGAUUUAGCGGACUUUAAGGCAGAAAUGAAAGAAAUGAUUACUUCAUGGAUGGAUCAGCAAAACAGCGAAAGAACAGAAAUAACAUCUGCGUUGAGAUCCAUAGAGGAAUCACUGUCCUUUCUCUCAACCAAAUACGACGACAUGUGUAAAAAAGUGGACCUUAUGGAGCAAGAGAGGCACAAACAGAAGGAAUAUAUUACUAUACUUGAAAAUAAAGUGGAAAAUCUCAUGAAAGCCCAACGUAAAUAUUCAUUUGAACUGAAAAAUGUCCCAAGAUCGGAAAAGGAAUCCAAAGAAACGUUGUUGAACAUGGUCGAAAAACACUAG